CUAAUAAAAAUCUUAGAAGUAAUAAAAUGUGAAACAUUCAAAGAAAAUGUAAAACGUUAAUUAUUCAUGGCAAAGAAAGUAAUUUAAUUUAAUACCUUAUCGGUAGCAGACAAAAACACGAUGUCUGAAGGAUAUCUAUUUUUAAUUGAAAAUUAAAUAUCUAUUACACGUGUUAGGCAGUUCCUGGCACUACGUCAAAUACAAAACAUUACUAACUAUUUUAAAAUAGUUUUCAUUUAUACCAAACACGUCGUCGUUAUAUAAGUGUUCUUGAAUUUUUAAAACGCUUUUUAAAAAUUUUGCAGAAAUGUCGGUUUUAAGUAAAAAUAUUAAAUUAGUGUUUAAUAAAUAUCCUCUGCUUCGAGGAAUGGCAUCUUAUGGCGUGAUUUGGCCAAUUUCUAGUUUUAUCCAACAAACAUUUGAAGGAAAAUCUUUUGAUUCAAAUAAUAAAUAUGACUGGAUGAGGUGUGCUCGAUAUGGUUUAUAUGGCUCAUGUUAUGUGGCUCCUACUAUAUACAGCUGGUUCACUAUAGCUAAUAUUAUGUGGCCAGGAAGUGCAUUUAAGAUUGCCAUUAUCAAGACAUUUUUCGAAACAAUCACCUAUACUCCAUUUGCAAUGUGCAGUUUUUAUUUUGGGAUGAGUCUUUUGGAGUCCAAACCUCUCCAUGAAGCUAUUGCAGAAGUACAAAACAAGUUUUGGCCUACCUAUCGGGUGGGAGCAUCUGUGUGGCCAGUAGUGGCUAUGGUAAAUUUUUACCUUAUACCUCCAAAAAACAGGGUACCAUUUAUCAGUGUUUGUAGUCUUAUAUGGACAUGUUUUCUUGCUUAUAUGAAGCAUAUGGAAAAAGAAAAGUUAAUUUUACAUAUUGAUAAUAGAUCUGUUAAGUUAAUGAAUAUAUGAAUCUUUAUUAAUCAUUAGUAAAAUAUAUAUAGAUAGAUAUAUAAAAUAUAAUAUGGAUACAUGUUAGUAAAUAUUUUACCAAUAUAUUUACACAAUAUUUUUUACAAACUCCUGUGAUUUAGUGUAUUACAUCUAAAAGAUAUGAAAUAUCUUUUAAGUACAAUUAUUUACAUUUGUUAUUUAUUAUAUUAGCACAAUUCUUAAAAUGAUUCCUACUAUGUUAGUAAAUAGUUUUUAAACUUGUGAUUUUAUAUGGGUUAGUACCUGAAUGAAAAAUAGAAAAUGUUUUGUUGAAAAGUAUCAGUAUUUAAUAAAGCGCACUAUUUCUAAAUUUGAUAUGCUUUGGUAAAUAAUAGGUAAUAUUUUAUGUUAUUUUAAUUUAUUUAGUGUAAGAAAAUAAACAGAGUAUUAUUUU